AUGAUUAAUUUUUUUUUAUCAUUAUUAUUGUUUGUUCUAUUUUUUGAAAAUCUUGUAGUGUCUAUAAAAUAUAGAAAUAUUCAUUAUAUACACAUGCCUAACAAUGCUCAUAAUAAAAACUUUAAUGAAAAAGAAAACAGAGAAAUAUAUCAUAAUGUAAAUAUAUCAGGAGGUAAUACAAUAUAUGAAGAACCUAAAAAUAAGUAUAUUACUUUGUUUUUAUCUAAUGGAAAAAAAAUCCUACAUUCCAUUUUUCGAAAUAAUAAUAAUAAUAAUAUAACCAUAUGUAAUGAAAAUACGGGGAAAAAUUCAAACAUCAACUUGAAAAAUAAUUCUGAGAACAAUACUAAGAGCAAUUCUAAGAAUUAUUCUAGGGGUUCUUCAUCGUGCUUAAAUAUACAGAAUGUAUCCAAUACAUAUUAUGAUAAGAGAAGAAUUAAAAAGGAUAUUAUGAAUAAGAAGGUUGAGGAAAAUUUGAUACAUGAUGAAAAUGAAAAUAAUAUUAUUAAUGAUAAAAUAUGUUGUGAUGAAAAACAAGAUUUGGAUAAAGAAAUUCAUGUAGAUGAACAAAAUGAAAAGAAAUCAAACAGUACUUUAAAUAAUGAAAGUUUUAUAAGUAUAUUAUCAAAUGAUAAUUCCGAGAAAAAAAAAGAUAUGGAAGAAAGUAAUAAUUAUUCUAAUAAUUUUUAUCUCAAUUCUUUAGAGGAAAACAUAAUAUAUCCUACUCAACAUGUUGACUGUGAUUUUAAUGGAAAAUGGAAAAGUCAUGUAGAUGAUAUUCUAGAGAAUGAUUCCUACUAUAGUAAUAUGAAUGAUAAUAGUAAUAAAUCUUGUAUAAGCGAUUAUGAGUUAUUAAAAACGUCUAUUUUAUUGAAUAAUACAAAGGAUGAUUUUCCUCUAUAUGAAAAUUCAAGAAAAAAUAUAUUAACUACAAGUGGUAAAAUAAACAAGAAUAAAAACUUAAAAGAAAGAAAAAAGAAGAAUUUAAAUAGAUUAUUUUACACUUUAAAGUUAACAAAUAAUUUUUCAUUUAAAAAUAGUAAGAAUAGAAGAAAAUACACAAAUAGUUAUAAUAGUGGAUCCUCUACACAUUCUCGUUAUGUCAUGGAUAAUAAGGAAUAUAUAAUUUACCAUAAUAAUAAUAAUAAUAAUAAUAAUAAUUACAAUAGUUAUAGUAAUAAUUGUAAUAAUAUGUAUAUUCAAGGUAAUAAGAAAAAGUAUAAUAGACUAUAUUGUAAAAAAAGUGCGAAUUCACAAGAAAAGGAUUAUGAUAAGGAUAUUAAUUUAAUUGCUUCAGAUAAAAUUAAUAGUGAAUUGUCACAAGAUGAUUUAAAAUAUAAUUCACAGAUAAUUAAUAUGCCUAAUGACCAUUUCAAUAUUAUUACUUCUGAUGAAAAAGAAAAUAUAAAAAAAAAUGCAUAUAAAAAUUAUGUUAAUUAUAUAAAUGAAAGAAGAUAUGGUUAUUUUGAUUUAUUAGAAAAAAAGAAUGAAAAAAUUAUACGCAAAUUAUUAAUAGCUAAUAAUGGGAUGGCAGCCUUAAAAUGUAUAUUAUCAUUAAAAGAUUGGUUAUUUAAAAAAUUUUAUGAUGAGAAUUUAAUUAAAAUUAUAGUUAUGGCAACUGACGAAGAUAUUAAAAGUAAUGCAAAAUAUAUAUCAUUAGCAGAUAAAGUAAUAAAAGUUCCAGGAGGUAAAAAUAUUCAUAAUUAUGCAAAUGUUCCUUUAAUUGUUGAGCUAGCCAAAAGUGAGAAUGUUGAUGCAGUAUGGCCUGGAUGGGGACAUAGUUCAGAAAAUCCCUUAUUGUCUACUUUGUUAGAAAAAGAAAAUAUAAUAUUUAUAGGUCCAACUGGUAAUGUUAUGGAAGCUUUAGGUGAUAAAAUAUCUGCGAAUAUAUUAGCUCAAAGUGUUGAAGUACCUGUGGUAAAAUGGAGUGGAGAUAAUAUAAGAAUUGAUAAAUUUGAGAACAAUAAAAUAAAUGACGAACUAUAUAAUAAUGCUACAAUUCAUUCAUUAGAUGAUUGUAUAAAAGAAUGUAAGCGUAUUGGUUUUCCUGUUAUGAUAAAAGCAUCACAAGGUGGUGGUGGGAAAGGUAUUCGAAAAGUGGAGAAUGAAUAUGAAAUAAAAAAAGCAUAUGAACAAGUACAAAAUGAAUUACCUAAUUCUCCUAUAUUUUUGAUGAAGGUUUGUAAUAAUGUAAGACAUAUUGAAAUACAAGUUGUUGGUGAUAUGUAUGGAAAUGUGUGUUCUUUAAGUGGUCGUGAUUGUACUACACAAAGAAGAUUUCAAAAAAUUUUUGAAGAAGGACCACCAUCUGUUGUACCAUAUCCUAUAUUUCGAGAAAUGGAAAAAUCAUCUAUACGAUUAACUAAAAUGAUUAAAUAUAGAGGUGCUGGAACUAUUGAAUAUUUGUAUGAUCAAAUAAAUAAAAAAUAUUUUUUCUUAGAAUUAAAUCCAAGAUUACAAGUAGAACAUCCAGUUUCUGAAGGUAUAACAAAUUGUAAUUUAAUAUCUAUCCAAUUACAAGUAGCUAUGGGAAUUCCCCUUCAAAAUAUAGAUGACAUUCGAAAUUUAUAUCAAAUUGAUAAAAUAGAAAAAAUAAAAAAAAAAGAUGAACAAAAAAAAGAAUUCGAAUUAACCGAUAAUUUGUGUAAUGAUACUAUAAAUAAGGAUAAUAUAAAUAAUGAUAAUAUAUAUAAAGAUAAUAUAAAUAAUGAUAAUAUAUAUAAAGAUAAUAUAUAUAAAGAUAAUAUAAAUAAUGAUAAUAUAUAUAAAGAUAAUAUAUAUAAAGAUAAUAUAAAUAAUGAUAAUAUAUAUAAAGAUAAUAUAUAUAAAGAUAAUAUAUAUAAUGAUAAUAUAUAUAAAGAUAAUAUAAAUAAUGAUAAUAUACAUCAUAUAGAUAAUACAACAAAUGAACAAAAUAAUAAGAACUUGUUACAUUAUAAUAAUUAUAGAAAUCAAAAUUUAUGUAAUAAUAAUUCGAUCAAAUCCUUAUUAAAUUAUGAUACAAAUGAAAAUGUUAAUAGAAAGUAUAAUUUAUUGAAUGAACACUUUGAUUUUUAUAAUAAUAAACCAUAUAUUAAAAAUCAUGUUAUUGCUGCAAGGAUUACAGCAGAAAAUAGUAAUGAUAGCUUUAAGCCCACCUCUGGUAAUGUAAGAAGAAUAAAUUUUCAAAACUGGAAAGAUGUGUGGGGAUAUUUUUCUAUUAAUGAUGGUUUUGUACAUGAGUUUUCAGAUUCUCAAAUCGGACAUAUUUUUGCUAAAGGAGAAACAAGAGAAGUAGCAAGAAAAAAUUUAAUUUUAGCAUUAAGAAAGUUACAUAUUGAUGGUGAUAUAAAAACAGGUACAAAAUAUUUAGCAAAGAUUUUAGAAUCUAAAGCAUUUAUUGACAAUAAUAUUACAACAAAUUGGCUAGAUAUAAUAAUAGAAAAGAAAAAACAUGUAUUUUAUAAUACAUGUCAUAUAAUAUUAUUAUGUGCUACCAUAUUUAAACUAUUAAUAUAUUUUAUGAAUGAGAAGGGAAAAGUGGAAGAAAAUUUGGAUAGAGAUGAUAUAGCUAUAAAAAGAGAUAAAAAUUAUGGAAAUGUAAUAAAUAAAAAUAAUAACCAUAGUGGUAAUAUAAAUAAUAAUGGGGAACAUAUGUGUAAAAUGAAAAGUGCAUAUAUAUUUGAUAUGAUAUUUCAAAAUAUAAAAUAUCCUUUUAAAGGAUAUAAUAUAGGGGAAAAUCUAUAUCAAUUAGAGAUAAAUGGACAAGAAAUAGAAAUAUCUGCUGAAUAUGAUAAAAAUAAUAAUAAAGUAUUUUCUACAUUUAAUAAUCAAACAUAUAUAUAUGCAUGUUCUGAGGAUACCUUAGGUAUACAUAUGCAACUAGAGAAAGAUAAUAUUUUCAUACCUAAUGUUAGGAAUCCAUAUCAUUUAAUAUCUAAUACUAAUGGGAAAAUUGUUAAGUAUUUAAUAAAUGAUGGAGAAGAAGUUAAAAAAAAUGAUGAUUAUAUUGAAGUGGAAGCUAUGAAAAUGAUUAUGACAUUUAAAUCAACCGAGAGUGGAAUAUUAAGACAUAAAUUGUCUGAAGGGACAAUUAUUAAAAUAGGAGAUUUAUUAGGAAUAAUAGAAAAAAAAGAUAAUGAUAAAAAACAUAUAAAACAAGAUAAUGAAAUUCAAUAUUUUAAUGGUCAUUUAGAUUUGUCAAAUAAAUAUACAUAUGAAUUGAUAGAUAAUCGUACAAUAUUUCCAAAUAUUUUAGAUGAUAAUUAUAAUAAAUCUUGUGAUAAUUCGUAUGCCUUUACAGAUAAUAUGUCUUUACAAAACUCUGAAGAACAUUAUUUGGUAAAAGAUGAACAAAAAAAAAAAAAAAAAAAAAAUAUUUCUUCCAUUUUAAAUAAUAAUAUGGUAAGCAUAAAAACGGUAUCAAAUGAUUUAACAGAUAAUAUAAAUGUGUUAAGAGCUGAAACAUUGAGUGAAGAGGGCUUAAAGGAUGAAAUAUAUCAUGGUCAAAUGUGUGAUGAUCGAAUGUGUGAUGAUCAAAUGUGUGAUGAUCAAAUGUGUGAUGAUGAAAAUGUUGUGAAGAAAAAUGAUAAAGAACAGAAUAAAUCACAUAAAAAUUUAAAAGAAAAUAAUAUGGAUGAAUGUACUUAUGAAGAUGAUAAUUAUAUAUAUAUGAAAGAAAAUCAAAAGAAAAAAUUAUUUAUGAAACAAAAUAGAAAGAAAAUCUUUCGUUUAUUUUCAAAUGAUAAUGAAAAAAUAACAACGGCUUUAAAUUAUUUAAAUGAUAAAUUUCAUUGUGUAAAAAAUUAUUUGUCAAAUUUAAAUUUUUCUAGUGCAAAUUCUGUAUCAGAUUCUAGUAAUUCAUCCUAUCAAAAUAAUAAAAACAAUAAUAAUAAUAAUGACAACAACAACAAUAAUUAUAAUAAUAAUAAUAAUAAUAAUAGUAAGAAUAAGAAGAAAAAUAAUAGUGUGCAAUACAAUUAUUCCAAUGCUAAAUAUUCAAAUGUUAAUAUGAUACAUAAGUAUGAUAAGAAACCAUUUGAUAAAAGUUAUUUAAUGAAUGAAGUUAACAGUAAUAAUGUUAAUGUGUUAAUGAUGAAAAAUAAAAAUAAUAGUACGUUCCCCUUGAUUGAAAAUUUAGAAAAUAAUAUAUCUACAGAAAUUAUGUCUUCUCGAAAUACGUCUAAUGAAAAAAUAUUACAUAAUAAUAUAUCAAAGGAUAAUACAAUAAGCGAACCAAUUUUUAAUAAUAAUUCUUCUGAUGAGAGUAAUAUAAAUAAUAUUACAUUUUUUAAUAACUUAUCAAAUAAUGGUAGCAUAAGAAAAAGAAACAACAAUAAUAAUAGUAGUAGUAGCAAUAAUAAUAAUAAUAAUAAUAAUAAUAAUAAAAAUAAUAAUUUUAAACAUUCCUAUUAUAUGGAUUAUAAUAAUGAUAAUAUCUAUUGGAAUCAUGUAAAGAAUGAAAAAAGCAAAUAUUUGCUUGACAUUCCAAUUAUGAAAAGAAUAGAAUUUUUGCUAAAGGGAUAUGAACAGGAUUAUGAAAAGUGUUUUGAUGAAUUAAUAAACAAGAAAGAUAUUAAAAAUGUAUCAAAUUGGUCUGCAUAUAUAAUAAACAAUAUAAAUGACAUAUUAGAUACAUUCAUACAAUAUAAUAUUUUAUUUUCCAAAAAAGAAUUUAUUUCAGAAAUAGAUUUAUAUGAUAUAUUAUAUAAUAAUAUAAGGGAUAAGAAAAAGCAAUAUGAAAUUAUACACGCAUAUACAUACAACGAUUUAAGUAUAAAGUUUAUAGAAAAAAUAUUAAAAUAUAUAUUAAAUAAUAUAAAUAGUAAUUUAGCCUUCGAUAUAAUUUUGGAUAAGUUAAAAAUAUUAGCAGAAUUCAAAGGAAAAAUCUUUAGAAAUAUAAUUGUAUUAUCAAGACAUAUUUUAUUUUUAUUAGAAGGAUUAGAAUUAAUUGAAUAUAUAAAAAUUGCAUUAAAUUAUAAUGAUAAUAAAAAUAUGAAGAAUGGUGGUAAGUUAUCAAAUAAUAUGUUACUUUUGUCUAAUUAUAUGAAAAAAAAUAAUUUAGAUUUUUCAAAAAUGAUAGAAUAUAAAAAUAAUAAAAAUGAUAUAGAAAUUGUAAAUAUGUUUUUUAAAGGUCAUAGUAGUAAUAUACAUAUGUUUGUUCCAUCAUUAAUUAAAUCAAAUAAAAAUUCUAUGUUUUUAAAAUUUUAUUUAAAUAAUUUAUAUAAAUAUUGUAAUAUUAAAUCUAUAAUGGUAACAAAUAAUAUAAUCAAGUUUUCUAUAAAUAAUUCAGAAUAUACUAAUCUAUUAAUAUGGAAUGAAAAUGAUACCAUUGAUAUAAAUAAAAUUCUUGAGUCAGAUAUAAAAAUAAAUAAUGAUAGAUAUUUGAAUACUGUUCAUAUAAUAAAUACAAAUAACGAAUUAUGUUUACAUCCUUCUCAUUCGUUUGAAGGAAAUAUAAUAAAAAAUAAGAUUUUACAAAAAUGUAAAAAAUUAUAUAUAUAUAAUUAUGCAAAUAAUAAAUAUGGAGAUAUAUAUGAAUGGAAAAAUGAAGACCUAUCAAAAGGAUUAGUAGGAAAAUAUAGUAAAGAUGGAAGUAUUAAUAAUAUUUUACCUUAUGAAGAAUAUAUAUUUGGUAAUGAAAAAGAAAUAUUGGAAUAUUAUGAAUUAAAAAAUAUUAAUCAAGCGAUAUAUGAAAAAACAAAGAUAUUUUUUGGUAUAUAUAAAAAUAAUAAAAAUGAUAAUAAUAUACGUAAUAAUGUUAAUAAUAAUUAUACAUCUUUAUUUGGACACCGUGUAAUAGAUUUUAAUGAAAUAAAAAACACAUCAAAUGAGUAUAAUAAUUUUGAGGAACAUAAUUAUCAAGAUGAUAAAUUUAUAUUUAAUAAAGAUAUACAUAAUAUUCUUUUAGAAUUAAAGGAAUCAUUAAAUGACAUAUCACGUGGAAGACUAAAUACAUUGAUAAGAGAUAAUAAAAUAAGUAGUUGUAUAAUAUAUCAUAUUAUUGUUGAUGAUAUGAUGGAUAUUGAAACUAUAAAAGAGGCAUAUAAGGUGUUCAUGAUUAAAUAUAAUGAAAUGAUAUUAGAAAAUUAUGUCAAUAAUAUAUUUAUAAAAAUAUACCGUACUAAUAAAAAGUCAUGUACUGAAAAUGCACCUCAAAUUCAAUUGGAAAGAAUGUUUAAGCUUAACGUGCUUUUAAAUAAAGGAGGUGUAAAGAAAGAAAGGACGGAUAGAUAUAAUGUGGAAGAUGAUAAUAAUAAAAAGGAUAAUGAUAACAAAUAUAAUUGUAAUAAUAAUAAUAAUGAUGAUAACAAAUAUGAUUGUAAUAAUAAUUUUUAUUAUGAUAACAAAUAUGAUUGUAAUAACAAUUUUUAUCAUGAUAACAAAUUUAAUUGUAAUAAUAAUUAUUAUCAUAAUUACCAUUUUGUUGAAGAGAUUAACCAAUUUCCUUCUUUCCAAAUUGACACCCUAUAUAUGAAGAGAAAACGCGCUAGAGAAGUAGACACAUUAUAUGCCUAUGAUUUUAUUAAUCUUAUAAAUAUAUCAUUAAACAGAUCAAAUAAAAACAGAGAAAGUCAUAAAAUAUGUAAUUAUAUUAAUAGUAUUAAGGAGUUUAAACUAAAAAGUGAUAUGAUUUGUUAUAAUAGUAAUAGUGAUAAUUUAAAGAAUCAUGCAAUGAAUAUAAAAAGUGCACAUAUUCCUUUGGAAAAAAAAGAAGAAUACCUAUUUGAACAUUUUGACAAUUUAAGUAAUUAUGAAAUAAAAAUAAGGAAGUCAUUAUAUUUGUCUGAUAAACUAGAUAUAGGACAGAACAAAAGGAGUGUGGUUGGUUUGUUGUUAAACAUAAGAACAGAUGAAUAUGAAGAAGGGAGAGAUGUAAUAUUCAUUAUUAAUGAUAUAAGUACACAAGGUGGAUCAUUUAGUAUAUUUGAAGAUGAGCUAUUUUAUGGUAUUUCUAGUUAUGCAAGAGAAAAGAAAAUUCCACGUAUAUAUAUAUCAUGUAAUUCUGGCGCUCGUAUAGGAUUAUAUAAUUUUUUAAUGGAUAAAAUAAGAAUUGAAUGGAAAGACGAACAGAAAAAAGAACUAGGUUAUAAAUAUAUAUAUAUAACACAAGAUGUAAAAGAACAAAUAGAUAAAGAAGAUAUUAUAUUUUUAACUGAAAUUAUAGAAAAUAAUGAAAAAAGAUAUAUUAUUGAUGCUAUUGUUGGGAAUUUAAAAAAUCCAGUAGGUGUAGAGAAUCUCAGAGGAAGUGGAUUAAUAGCAGGAGAAACUUCAAAAGCGUAUGAAGAAAUUUUUACAUUAUCUUAUGUUACUGGUCGCAGUGUUGGUAUUGGUGCUUAUUUAGUUAGACUUGGUAAAAGGACAAUUCAAAAAAAAGGCUCUUCGCUUUUGCUUACAGGUUUUAAUGCAUUGAAUAAAAUAUUAGGUGAAAAUGUAUAUGUAAGUAAUGAACAGUUAGGUGGUGUUAAUAUUAUGAUGAGGAAUGGUAUAUCUCAAGUUCAGGUUGAAAGUGAUCAAGAAGGUAUGGAUAAAAUUAUACAAUGGUUAUCUUAUGUUCCCAGAACUAGUAAUGAUUAUUAUGAUUUAAUACAAAAUAUAUAUAAAGAAAAUAAUAGAAAAUUUCUACAAAAUAAUAACUUUUUAAUAACAAAUAAGCAAAAGACUAUGAAUACAUAUAACAACCUUUUUAUACAUAACAAUAAAAAUGUAAGUAAUUCUGUCGAUAUAAAGGAUAACAUAAAGAACCAGAUAGAUACAAAUAUAAAUACGGAAACUAAUAUUAAUGUGCAAGAUUUAAAUAUUAUUAAAAAAAAUGGGAUUAAUACAAAAUCAAAACAAGAUGAAAAUGUGUAUGAAAAGAAAGAUAAAGUAGAAGAAAUAUAUAAAGAUCAAAACACAUAUAGUACAAAUAAUAGCAAGACCUCUAAACCAAAUGAUAAUUCUAUGAGUUCAUACAAUUUUGAACUUUUACAUAUAAAUGAUAUGGAUUACGAUCAUAUAGAUGAUUCUAAUAUUAUCGAUUUGAUCAAGGGUACUCAAGAAGAACAGGGUUUCUUAGAUAAAAAUACCUAUUUUGAAUAUAUGAAUGAAUGGGGAAAAGGUAUUAUAACUGGUAGAGGAAAAUUAGGUUCUAUACCUGUUGGAUUUAUUGCUGUUAAUAAAAAUUUAGUUACGCAAUCUAUUCCAUGUGAUCCAGCAUUAAAAACAAAAGCUCAAAAAUUAAUACAAGCUCCAUGUGUUUUUUUUCCUGAUAAUUCUUUUAAAACAGCACAAUCAAUUGAAGAUUUUAAUAAGGAGAAUUUGCCUUUAUUUAUUUUUGCAAAUUGGAGAGGAUUUUCAGGUGGAUCUAUGGAUAUGUUUUAUGGUAUCUUAAAAUUUGGAUCUAUGAUUGUAAAUCAGCUAGUUAAUUAUAAACACCCUGUAUUUGUAUAUAUACCUAUAUCUGCUGAAUUGAGAGGUGGAUCAUGGGUAGUUGUCGAUGAAACAUUGAAUAGCCAAAUUAUAGAAAUGUAUGCCGAUGUCAAUAGUAAAGGGGGAAUAUUAGAACCACCAGGAAUUGUUGAAGUUAAGUUUAGAUAUCCUGAUAUUCGAAAAUUAAUGCACAGUAUUGAUACUACCAUAAUUGCUUUGAAUGAAAAAAUGGCUAGAUGUGAAAAUGAUGAAGAGAAGAACAAUAUAAAGAAAGAUAUAGAAAUUAAGGAAAAAGAGUUGUUGCCAUAUUAUUUACAAGUGUGUCAUAAAUAUGCAGAUUUACAUGACAUGUCUACAUGUAUGAAAGCAAAGGGUGUAAUUCGAAAAAUUGUCCCAUGGAAUAAGGCACGUUCGUUUUUUUAUUAUCGUCUAAUGAGGAGAUUAUUAAUUAACAUAUUGAGUCGAAAGUAUGACAACGCUUUAAUCAAAAAUGAAGAGAUAGAAAAUAUUUUAAAUGACCUUAAUAAUUCAGAAGAUGAUGAUUAUAUUGUAUGCAAUAGAGUUUUCAAUAAUAAUAUUUUACGAAAUUUAAAAUACGAUACCAAGGAUAUAAUAUAUAACAAAACAUUAAAUGACUUUUUAAAAAUUUUUAAAAUGCUAUCACAGGAACAAAGGACAGAAUUUCUAAAUAAAAUAAAUUCUUAUGAAAAUUAA